AGGAGGGACAGGCGAAGACUGGAUCCUCCGUGUUCAGGCCAACUGCGCCGAGCUCGGCCUGUCGGUCCGGUGAAGCCCCAGUGACCGAGAUACCUCAGCGGUAGCUCCCCGUGGAUUUAACCUCAAUAUCGGUCGCAGGUUGCUGGUGACCGCGGAGUGAGUUCGCCCCGCUCCACUAUCCCGUCUCUCGCCGUGGCACCGCAUCAGCAGCAUCAGCAGCAGCAGCUGUCGGGCUAUUAAAGACCAAGACCUCGGAGUUAACGCUCGGUGCUGCUGGAUUUAGGAAAUACCGUCCAGACCUAAUCGAGAUUAGACCGGCUUGAGAAGGCUGCGGGGCGGCCAGAAAGCCACGGAUCGACCGUUGACAGGUUGUCAUCAUGGGCAACGCGCCCACGGCCAGGAAGGGCAGCGAGAUGGAAAGCGUCAAGGAGUUCCUUGCUAAAGCCAAAGAGGACUUCCUCAAAAAGUGGGAGAAUCCUGCACAGAACACUGCUUGCCUGGAGCAGUUUGAGAGGUUGAAAACCCUGGGCACGGGCUCAUUUGGCCGUGUUAUGCUGGUGAAGCACAGAGAAACGGGACAGCAUUAUGCCAUGAAGAUCCUCAACAAGCAGAAGGUGGUGAAGCUCAAGCAGAUAGAGCACACUCUGAAUGAGAAGAGGAUUCUUCAGGCUGUCAGCUUUCCUUUUCUUGUGCGGUUAGAGUACUCAUUCAAGGACAACACUAACCUCUACAUGGUGAUGGAGUAUGUACCAGGUGGAGAGAUGUUCUCCCAUCUACGAAGAAUUGGCAGAUUUAGUGAGCCUCAUGCUCGGUUCUACGCUGCUCAGAUCGUUCUGACCUUUGAGUACCUGCAUGCUUUGGACCUGAUCUACAGAGACCUGAAACCUGAAAACCUGCUCAUAGACCAACAGGGCUACAUACAGGUCACAGAUUUUGGCUUUGCCAAACGUGUAAAGGGCCGGACCUGGACACUGUGUGGCACCCCAGAAUAUCUGGCUCCAGAGAUUAUUCUCAGCAAGGGGUAUAACAAGGCGGUAGACUGGUGGGCGCUGGGUGUGCUCGUCUAUGAGAUGGCAGCAGGGUAUCCUCCGUUCUUUGCUGAUCAGCCCAUUCAGAUCUAUGAAAAGAUCGUAUCAGGGAAGGUGCGUUUCCCAUCUCACUUCAGUUCAGACCUGAAAGACCUCCUGAGGAAUCUGUUACAGGUGGAUCUAACAAAACGUUACGGGAACCUCAAGAACGGAGUCAACGACAUUAAGGGACACAAGUGGUUUGCAACAACUGACUGGAUUGCCAUCUACCAGAAAAAGGUGGAAGCUCCCUUUGUCCCCAAGUUCAAAGGACCAGGCGACACCAGCAACUUUGACGACUACGAGGAGGAGGAGAUCCGCAUCUCCUUCACUGAGAAAUGUGCCAAGGAGUUUGCUGAGUUCUAGAGUUAGAGAGCGAGAGAGGAAGAAAGAAGGAAGUAGGGAGAGUCAAAGGUAGGCUGGUCAAGCGGGAGACAUAAGGAGAGAGUACUGUCUCCUGUCCAAUCACAAGCACCAGCUACAAAAAAAAAAAAAGAGGAGAAAUGGGAUAGUGAAGGGGAAAAAGAGCAAGGAGACUGAUAACCAGCAGUGUUGCCUUUUCUGUUGUGUUUCUGUUGUAUUUUAUUUAUUAUUCUGUCUUAUUUAUGGAUCCCUUUAUAAUGAAGGUGUGCUUCAUGGGUGUCGGGAACCCCACUAAUUUAGAGUUGCCUCUACACAUUUUUCACCCAAGAUCUUCCCUUUUUCUUUUCUAGUUUCACUCAUCUUUUAUUCAUUUUUGCGCCACAGCGUAGAGGGAUCGGUCACUCUGUCGAUCUGAUCUGAUCCUCUCCGGUCUGUUAGUCAUUCCAUGAAGCUCAAUGAGUCUUGUACAAGUUUAGAUCUCAGUCCGCACAAAAGUUUCUUAAGUUAUAUUUUAGUUUUUCCUCCAAUAUCGAAAUGUUUGCUCUCUCAUAUCAUAGAUGACAUUCUUUAAGGCAUUAUGGGCCAAAAGAAAAACGAAAAACAGAUGCGUUGUGUACUCAAAUUUCAGUCAGAGACAGAUGACACUUAAAGGAAAAAAAAGUCAAUUACGUUUACUGUGUAACUCCAUCUAUCGCUCUUUUCAUCGUUAGGUAUAGCCAGACUUAGUGCAUAUCUGCAGUACUCCAUUUUUAAAUGUUAUUAGAUACUAGUGGCUCCAAUGAUAUCAUGUCACGCUAACAACAACAACAACAAAAAAAAAA